AUGGUUUUAGAUAUAAACAAAAGAGAGGGUAUUUGCUGUAUUGAAUCUGAUAAACUUGAAUAUUUAAUGACCUUUGUCGCAAGUUCAGAUAAAUACAAUGAUGAUGUUAGUAGUGAUGAUGAUAUAAAUGAUGAUGAUGGUAGUGAUGAUGAUUCUGAUAGUAAUGAUAAUGAUAGUAGUGAUGAUAAUGAUAGUAGUGAUGAUGAUGGUAGUAAUGAUGAUUAUAGUAAUGAUGAUGAUGGUAGUGAUGCUUAUGGUAGUGAUAAUAAUGGUACUGAUGAUGAAACAAGUGAUGAGAAUGAUAAUAGUGAUGAUGAUAUAAUGAUGAAUAAUGAUAGUGUUGAUGAUAGUAGUAAUGAUGAUGAUAAUAGUGAUAAUGAUGAUGGUAGUGAUGAUGAAAGUUAUGAUGAGAGUAGUGAUGAGUGA